UCCCCCGUUAGGCUAGUUCGGUCCGCCAGGAGUGGUGAUGGUGAGCACCGGGCUGGAUGAGCAGCGAGUAGCCUGACGCGGCUUCACCACAGGCCGGGACGAGCCUUUCAGCUGAGCCCGGAGCCCCGAGACAACCAGAUGCUUCCAGGUUCACGGAGAAUAAACGGGGUACUCGGACACAGCUAGCCUGCUCCACACGGUCUCACCGAUUCCUGCUCGAAGUGAGACCCAACCAGCUUUCACGGUGGAAACGAGAAGAAGAGCAAAGAUGAACGCUGUGCGGGGGGGCACAGUCACCUGGCGUCCCCAGCCAUGGCAGGACGGGGACGGGGGAGGAGGGGAGCCUCUGUCGGACAGCGACUCUGAAGAGGAGGACUUCCCCGACGACAGCACCACCCCGCUGGGGGACUACAUCACACAUGGGCUGAAGCAGCUCCUGGAUGCUCAGCAGCUGUGUGAUGUUACUCUGCUCGUUGAGGGAAAGAAGUUCAUGUGCCACAGAGUCCUUUUGGCCGCCGUGAGUCCGUACUUCCGGGCCAUGUUCACCAGCCCUCUGGUGGAGUCCCGCCUCACUGAGAUCCGACUGGAGGAAGUGACACCGUCUGUGAUGGAGACCGUGAUCCAGUUCGUGUACACCGGGGAAGCAGGGCUCUCUCUGGACACAGCCGAGGAUCUGUUUGUAGCUGCCAACCGGCUUCAGGUCAUGCCCCUCCAAGACUUGUGCUCCAGGUUUCUAUUUGAGCACCUCUCAGUGGAUAACUGUCUGGGGAUGUAUUCACUGGCUCGCUCUCACCAUGACCAGCUUCUGCUGCGUGCCUCCCUGCGGCUAGUAGCCCAGCACUUUCCCCGGGUGGCCCGGCAGAAGGAUUUCCUGCUGCUGGACCACGGUACCUUAGGCAGCCUCCUGAGCUCCGACCGACUGGGAGUGGACUCUGAGGCGGAGGUCUACGAUGCAGCGCGCCGCUGGGCAGAGCACCAGCCCUUGGACCGCUACGCCCACAUGCCUGCACUGCUUCACCACCUGCGUCCAGGGCUGCUGUCCCAGGAGGAGAGCCGAAGGCUGAGCCAGGAGCUGGGGCCUGCUGCGGCAGGAGAAGGCCUCGGCGGGCCCCUGAGACCACGCGAGGGAAUGUUUGAGAAGAAGAUAGUCUGCGUGGAUUUGACACCUCGAGAAGAUGAGAAUUUAGCUGCCAGAGACUACACCGUGGACUGCUUUGAUCCUCGGACAGGGAAGUGGGAGAAGUUAGCAGCACUGGGUUCACUUGUGAGUCCCGGCUGCACGGCUGUGGGUGACAGGCUGUUUGUAGCUGGUGGGAUCCUGCGGACAGGUUCUGUCUCUGCAGCUGUGCAUGAAUACGAUGCUGUGUUGGACCGCUGGAUAGAGCGGCCUUCGAUGGUCCAGCCUCGGGCUAUGCUUGGUCUGCUGGGCUGUGGGGAGUCACUCUAUGCUUUGGGUGGCAGCAACCGCUCAGCCCUGCUGGACUCCAGCGAGGCCCUGGAGCUGACAACGCUUCAGUGGGGCCCCGGGCCUCGGCUGCCGCUCCCGCUGCGCGCCUUCGCCUGUGCGGCACUACGUGGACGACUUUACCUUCUGGGUGGAACCACGCUUGAACAGAACCGGGCUGUUGUCCACUCGGGUGUGCUUAUUUAUCACACCCUAACAGACUGCUGGACUCGUGUGGCGCUGGACUCUGGUGCCACCUGCCUCGCUGGAGGAGUAGCGGUGCGAGGGGGAGUCUGCGCCAUCGGGGGAUACAUGAGGGAUACUACAAAGUUCCUGGAUGGGAACUACACCAACCUGGAGACUUUAGAUGCUACCGGUCGUGUGCUGUUCUUUAGAGAGGGCAGGGGGUCGGGUGUAGAGAGGGAGGUGACGGGGGGAGGCGUGAUGGUCAGCGCAGAGCAGCGAGGGGGUGCAGGUGGCGGAAGCGACCGAGCCCCGAGCCCCGUUGUUUUCCCCGGGUUGCCACGGCGGAUUGCAGCCGGGGGUGUGGCCAGGUGGAAAAGGAGGAUUUAUGUGUUGGGCGGGGAAAACGGCUCGCGGUUCUAUGACAGUGUGUACUGUUGGAAACCCGGCUGGCGCAGCUGGGUCCAGAGACGGGAAAAACUCCCUGGAGACACUGGAGGGGUGAGCCAGUUCGGGUGCACCACUCUGAAAUUUCCUAAGAAACACAUCCUGUCCAGACUGAGACUAGCCAAAGAAAACUGCAAGAAGCCCUCUGACUAGCCCGACUAGGGAUCAGUGUGCCUGGAGAGGCAGCCGAUCGUGUGUCACAGAGAUGAGCUCCAGGCCGAACUAGCUCCUUGUUGACCUCUUGAAAUUUUGGUGUGUGAAACCGAGUCACAAGGAAAACACUAUUUUAUACAGCCUGAGUGCAGCCGCAGAGCAGGCCUAUGAUGGACUGGAUGGUAUGAAGCGUAUCAUCAUUGACAGUCAUGCAGAUGGAGAUGAAGCGGAACCAGAAGUUGGUUAAAAGUCAGGCAACGUGCACCUGAAUGUAACCUAAUUCACUAUACGUCAGAACAGUGAAGUCCUUUGAGAGAGAAAAGGGCCUUUGAGUAGUUUUCUUAAAAGUCUCAUGUUAUGUUCAGCUUGCUGCUGAUGUAAUAUUUUUAUGGCAGUUUGGAAAUCACUUCAAUGCUGUGAAUUUCUCGUCAGCGUCUAGUUCAGACACAAGGAUACCGGCACAUUUCUGACAAUGCUUUGUUCCACUUAAUUUGCAUAAACUUUGUGUUUUGUCUGACGCGGGCCGGUGGAGCCCUUCGACACUGCCAGAAAGGGCUACACAAAUAAACUUGAGGAAACAUAUCAUAAACCCACUUGCUUGUAGACAGUUUUUCCUUGUGUUAAUAACUUUAUUUAUAGAGCACCUUUCAAGAAACAAAGACAUUUUUACAGAGAUGUGCGCAAAAUCAGAAAUAAUUGCAUGAAAAAUACCGAAUGGACCUCUGGAUCUAAGGCUGCAGUCAGCGUUAAAAGGGACGAUGAUGGAGAUGCUGCCUUGAUGUUUAUCUGUACAAACUUACAGUCAAUUCCAGAACAUAAAGGCAACAUGUGAAGGGAUGCUAAGCAGGUGCUAUGUGAAUUCUUUUAUUAGUAUCAGUGAGCAGUCCUGCUGCAGGAGUCUGCACCGGUAGAGGUUUGAUGGAUGGUAUUGUAUAAGACGGCGACUUACAGUAACCAGGAUGUGUGGUUUCCCAGUGCUCUGUGGAUAGAAAUGAGCUAACUUUUGACAUGUUUCAAAGGUGCAUAAAGCAAGUAUGAACAAUAGACUGGACCUGGUGGUGAAAAUGAAGGUUUUUGUUAAAGAUAACACCUAAAGUCCUGCUCUGGGUUUUAAUGCCAGAGAACAGGGAGCCUAAACGGGGGGAGACGUGCUCGGUGGCAGCGUCUGGACUCGUGAUAACGAAUGCUGAUUUGUGUGAGUUUAGCUGAAGAAAGUCUUUUACAUCUGUGGGGUAGUUUUGUGUUUUGUUGUAGUGAAGUGAGAACUAGGUCUGGGUGUCAUCUGCAUAAAAAUGGAAAGUAUAAAAGUGAUGCUAGUAAAGGAUUGGACAGCAAUAGUCUCACGUAGCAGCGUGUCAGUGCUGGAGAAUGGUCUGGCUGCACCUCAUGAUCAUUCUGCUAAAGGGGGGAAGAGUGCUGCAGCCUGUUGGUGCUUCUUUAAACCAGUCUGAGUCAUUUUGGGAGGGGGAAGGAGCUGCAGUGACUUCUGCAAAAUAGUGACAGGGAGCUCUUUUAGCAUAACAACUGCAUGCAGGGAUGCAAGAACUUCAAUAAAAAUGGUUAAUUCCCUUCAUAAAACAUGCAGACUUGGCUUAUUGCACGACUUAUUCCAGUACUUGGGAAAACAUUUUUAGCUUGAAGGUUGCUGCUCGAAGGUUGUUGUUGUUUUUGAAAACAGUAACAUGCAGAUAUUAACGAGGGAAGAGCAUCCUGUGUGAAAUGGUAGGUUUACUCUCCAAGUCUACAUCCGGUGAGUCAGACUAACUUGAAGAGCACAGCCCAAGCCUCGAGACGCUGUAAGUGGCACUCUGUACGAGCACUGGGACGAGUCAACAGGCCACUUACAAUUCAAUAUUAAAAACACAGGAACAAACCAACUCGGGAGUUUUACCUGAUGUUUCAACUCAUUUGAAAUCACGUGGCCACCUGCAUUUAAAGCUGCAGCAAGAUGUGAAAGCAGUGGAAUAGAUUGUUAGUUUUCCACAAACAGCAGCUGGCAGAAGAACUUACUUUCGUACUAAGAGGAGCUUUGUCACUGACGUUUAUGAAGGCAGGGUUUUUCCUGGCUCAGAACGGGCCUGUAGGAGUUAGCGUGAUUACUCUGCACACGCUACAGGGAGAGAGUCUGUGAUGCUUUCUUUGACUGGAAUCUGUGCACUUUCUGACUAUUUGAUGGCAAAAAUGUAAAUUAUGCUCGAGUAAAUUGAACCCCAGUGAUCAAAACGGGUUGAAAAAUGUCAAUUCUCGUGAUUUGGCGCUGGUGAGUUUCCUUUAGUGCUGGCUGAAGCCUUUUUAUUAUAAUUUAAACCUUUGAAAACCCUGCACUGAGCCCGCUGCCGUUCGUGCUGUGGAGUCAACGAUUUGCUCAGCGGUGGUUUUUUCCAAGACCCCGGCCAAGAGAGGAGGGCUGAGAUAAAAUGCAGAAGUUAUUAAAAAUGAAUGGGUCCAGAGUGGACUCAUUCAGAGGUACUUGAACUAUAACUGGUUGAAGAUAUUCAGACAUUUGACGAGGGGGAAGUGAGGAAUUGAUAACAGCUUGAGAAACUGAGUGAAGUAUUUCUUUAAGGAGGCGAGUUGGACGUCGUAAACAGAAGGAUGGUUUCAACCGUUUGAGCACAAAGCUAAACAUCCAGUUCUGUCAUUGGCUCCUGAUUUAAAGCAAAUUGUACUGGGACCUGGAGAAAACCUUCCAAACAGUCAACCAGUGGCUCAUUUAUUCAGUUUCAGAGUCUUUACGUUCAUUGUGUCUGAAACAAGUGGACGCAUCGCAGCAGAAGAAAUGUGCAGAUAUGAGUUAUAGAUAAUAUGAACCCACACAGGAAGAGAAUGUGUGCUUUUAAGUAGAAAAAAAAAAAAAAAGAAAUCCCACCAUCAAAUGGGAUUUGCAGUGAAAAACUGUCCUCCUGGAAUCUGCUUUCUAGUUUUAGCUCCAUCUUACUGUGUAAUUCCAGCAAUAAGCGUAUGAAGGUGUUGUGCAGCCGUCUGGGAAUACGACCGACAGUAUCCUUGUGUCUAGACUCUACCCAGCAUCCUUCCUGAACCUCCAGGCCAGGUGGGCCGCCGUCUCAGCCCACAGGAACCUGAAUGUACUCGGCGUGGAGGUUGAGGAUCGUUCACUCACACUGACAUUGCACAUUAUUUAUUGAAAUGUAUUUUAAAGGGUUUUGUUGUUUUGGGUGCCAGGACGUUCUCUAAACUAUACAUCUCCCCAGAAACAAGUUGUUUAGCUGCAACUUGGAAACCAGGCCAGUAAUAAUUCAGAGUGAUGCUCUUUCCCAGUGGACUCCAGUUCAGGGUCGUCUCUGCCUUUCACUGUUUUCCACCAGUUUAUCCACCGAUCCAAUCAAAAGUGCAUUUCCUAUUUUUUCCCAGUCAGACCAUCCUCCCAUCUUUCCAGGUCAUCGUGUUACAGCGACUGUCUCCUUCAAGAGCAGAACAGUGGAAUUUCCCAUCUAACAGCAGAUAUUUAACACCACAGGCAGAAGGCGUAGAAACCCCCCAGAUUAAAGACACUGUGCUCUUUGUUUUUCUUCAAAUACAGAAUAGACGGUACACUGCUCACUUUGAUUUGUGUGACUAAUUAUGUAAAAUCAAACAGAACUCCAGGAUCUCCUUCUUUCAGCCCGCGUCCGUUAACCAGUUUAGUUUUCAUGGUGAAUGGUGUUGAUGUGUUACCACUGUUGCUCCAGAUACAGCGACAGGGACGACGUAGCAUCGCGGUGGACCGAGAGGCUUUCAUUAAUUAUGGUGUGAAACCCCAGCGUAGGAGUUUUUUGUUGUACGGCGACCGUAACCGUCUCUGUUUACGGUUUCAAGCGUCUGGGGUCGACUUCGCGGACACAUUUUAGAGACCAGCAUUUGCUCUAAGAUGCAAGUUACAAGACGGUUUAAAAAAAGAUAAUGACCGACUUAUUUUAAGCUGAGAAAGUCAACCCCCGACCCUCAGGCUGACUUAGAACUGUGUUUCCUUGGUAACACUCGGAGGCACAAAGAAGACGUGGCUCAGAAUUCAGGGUUUGCGGAUAAUAUUCUGCAGCGAGCAACAAGGCAAGUUUUUAAAGAGUGCAGUGGUCCACUCUGUGCAGAAUUGUCUCAGUGAAAUGUUCUUGUUGCUGUUAGAUUUGGUUGGAAUCCGAGCGGUUGUUCGGUCUGCCGUGUUUGUUUGGGAAAUAGUCCCACGUAAAGCUGAGGUAGGCAGCAUGGUUCUGGGCCAGAUUUCCAGAGAAGCCUUUGAGCUGGUAGAGGAAACUAGACUUCCCCACCUCCUCUUGUCCGUAUUCAGGCUUUACAAAGUCGAAGUGGGUUAAGCUGAGGACUCCCCGUGUGAGGUUGAAAACGUUGACGCUGCAGCUUUAAGAUAAACAGAAAAGUUCAGAUGUUUAACUAAAGUCAGACUAUAAAUUAGAUCCAAGUCCAUCUCUGUGAAACCAACCCCAUAUUGUAAGAAACCAAAGUGUGUGGCCGACCAAAACGAACUAAUAGGACUAGUAGCAGAUACACGUCAGUACGGUGCUGUAACUCAGCACCAGGUAGUCAAACACUCAGUAGAGGAGUUUCUUUUUUCUUUUCUUUUGUUGUUGUUGUGAGCUUCAGUUUGUGUUUCCAGAAAUCUUAACACCACACUGUCUGUUUUAGUUCCCACAACAUGCUCUGAAUUUUCACCCAGAAAUGUCAGACGACCUGCUUUCCUUUUCCUCGGUGUGCUUACAGCUUGUAUGACACGUGAAAAGUGUGUGAUUGUGUACGCAUGCAUGUUUUCUAUGCCGAGGCGUAACUCUGUUCAACACGAGCUCCUCACACACGUCCACACCUACACGCUGUGCGACCAUUCAGAGAAGCCAAGCUGCCCUCAUUUGUACAACCUAAUGACUUUUGUGAACUGAAAGGCAAAUGGAUGAAAGCAGUGCUAUGAAAUGAUUAAAGGACUAUUUGCUUA